AUGGCGACCCGGCCGGGAGAGGAGAACGUUGCUACACUCUUCGGAGAUAUUCACUACUUUUACGGCCCGCCGACGAGUAAUCCGCCGCACCACCGCUUCGACAAGGGAUCUUAUGUCUACCUUUUUGAGAACGCAAACGACCGCCGCGCGCGCAUCGAGAUUGCCAACCAGCCCGGCACCGAAGAUCAAGAUGCCUUUGACGGAUUCCUCGACAAGACGCACGUUCGAUACUCGUACAACCACCAGUGCAUGGUAACCCUCAUCGUAGGCGAGACAACGGACCAGAUGGAAUGGCAUCUGCCCACCUACGAUCCCCAGAACCAGAACAAGUACCACUACAAGCUCCAUUCGCUCGACAUCUACUUUUGGAAGGCCGAUGACGCCGUCCAGUUCGUCAACGGCAUCCGUUUCGUCCUCCCGCCCGCUCAGGUCGAGAUCCUCGACGAGCCCCAGCAGCACCAUCAGCAACAUGUCCAGCAGCACACGCAACAUCAACCCGUGAGCUCCGUCGUCCAACAGCUAGAACACGUCGCGAUAUCGGACCCAAACUACGGCUCCCCGAGAGGAGGCGCCUCCACGCAACAGCAGCAUAACGGCUCAGCCUUCGCCGGGCCACCUACCUCAGCCGUACCCGCCGCACCACCAGCCCAUCAACAACAGGAAUCCCAACAGCCAGCGAGCUUCGCACCAAUGGCAUACAACCCCGCCGCCCCCGCAGCCCCAGAAGCCAUCCGCCACAGAGAAAAGACCCCGCCCCCCGAAGACGGCGUCGCCGAUCCCCUGGCCGCGGCCGUAGCCUACGACGCGCAGGCCCCGUUCUCCCCGGGCUUCGUGCCCCCUCCCGGGUUCCAGAGCGCGCAUGGAGGCGGAGGUAUCGGCCUCCCGCCUCCUCCCCCGCUGCCACAGUUUGGUGGACCCCCGGGCCAACCCGUCCUCCAGCGGGCGGCAACGAUGCCGGCGCAAGCCGUACACGGCGCCCUCGCGUCCCCGGGUCUAGUCAACCCCUACGCCAACGGCAGCCCGUUCCCCUCAUCCCCUGGCUUCGCGCCACCGCCGCCGCCGCCUACCCAGCCGCCUCAACUACAACAACCUCAACCGCAGACGCAGCAGGGAACACCCCAACCGCAAGCCGCCGCCGUCCACGCCCCUCCGACACCCCCUUCAGCGACGACGACCGCUGCCUCCGCGCCGCCGGCUGCAGGGGCCCCGAUGUCGCCUCCGCCCGGCGGGUUCUCGCAGUACUCGUAUAGCAGUAGCAACGGGGGUAGCCAGCAGCAGCAGCAGCCGGGAGCGUUUGACUACUCUAUUCACCAGCAGGCGUAUCGGCCUACGGAGAUGGAGGCGGGUAAAUAUAAAGGGUAUACGGGCAAGCAGGAGCCGUCAGGGAGGUUGGAGGCGAAUGUUGGGAGGUUGGAGAAGGGUGUUACGGGGAUGUUUAGGAAGUUUGAGAAGAAGUUUGGCUGA